AUGCCAUGUGGCGACCAACCAACAUUUUCCCGGCGGGGUCGAAAAACUGUUCUCAGCACAGAGGACCAGUUGUUCCUAGUGAUGGUCAGACUAAAGCUUGGACUGUUCCAAAAAGACCUCGGGCAUCGUUUUGGCAUCCACCAGAGCACCGUGAGCAGACUCUGCACUGACUGGAUAAACUUCUUGUACCUACGUCUGUGUGAGCUACGACUAUGGGCCACCCGGGAAAUUGUUGACAAGAACAUGCCACCAGCCUUUGUGGAUAAGUAUCCAAGGACACGGGUCAUCAUUGAUGCCACAGAAAUAAGGUGUGAAGUCCCAAGUUCUUUUGUUCUACAGUCUGAGACAUACUCAAACUAUAAAUCAUGCAACACAUUCAAAGGUCUGGUUGGAAUAUCACCAGAUGGCCUUGUCACAUUUGUGUCAGCUCUGGCUACAGGAUCCAUCUCGGAUAGAGAACUUGUCAAGAAAAGUGGAUUUCUUUCACUCCCGUUUACGGAGGGAGAUGUCGUCAUGGCAGACAAAGGCUUCACAAUCGGUGACCUUCUGGAACCACUGAAAGUGGAGCUGAACAUACCACCAUUUCUGAGACAACAACAGUUUGCAGAAGAGGACGUGCUGGAAACUGAAGCAAUAGCGUCACUCCGUAUUCACGUUGAGCGCAGAAUUCAAAGGAUCAAAAACUUCCACAUAUUCGAUCGUCGCAUAUACCCAUAA